AGGCAUGCUCCAUGUCGUCAAACCGGCGUGAAAAUUGCACCAUUUCUCGUGGUUAACUUUUUUUCAGUAAAUAUCACGAUUUCGUUAGCAAACCACGAUCGAGAAAUGGAUUCAGACGCUAACGCUCCAGAUUCGUGGGACUCUUUAGAUGAUCCUGGUCCCGGAGACACUAGUGAAGAAGCAAGCGAUCUUUCUGAAAAACUUCAUUCACUCAACGUGAACGCAAAACCUUUCGUUCCAAACGUGAAUGCCCCGGUAUUUGUUCCUUCGUUUCUGAAAACUCAGGCGGCCGAUGGUAAGAUUUUAUUCUUUAUUUACUUGGUGAAUUUUGAUAUUAUUUUAGCCUCAUUUUCCGCCGAAAAUGUGACGGCAUUAAAUUUUGGUGAAAGCUGACUGUUGUGUUUGGAAGUUCGAAACUAUAAGCUUAGUAAGCUAAGCCAAAUGAUAAGCUUACUGUUGUAAGUUUUAGACUGAAAUAACGAAUCCGAAAUAAUUUUUCAACUUUGUAAAGAUCUUCCGCAGUGUUAAAAAGGGUUAGCUUUCGAUUUUCUUCUUUGUAUCUCUGUAUCUAUUAAAAAAAUGAUCAUAAUCAUUGUUCAUUACUUGUACCAAUGUUAUCCCUGUUGUCGAUGAGUGUCUAAUUUCUCCUAAUGAUAUCACUGAUUAAUCAAGAAUGAAGGUAAUGAGAAUUUAGGAAACAGUCUCUAUAGAAGAUUCUUGAUUGUUAUGAAAUUGUCUUCCUUCUUGUCGUGAAAAUGUGUUGUUCCAUAGUCUUACUCCACCAAUGGAGGGUUUUAGCUCAACUCUUCCCAGCCCCCAUGCAGGCGUUUUUAGGGGAGCUUGUUUUUCAUCCCUCCCCACAAACGCCUGCUCAACUGAAGACAACAUUCCUUUCCCAUGCUUAGCGAAUCACAUUGCACUUUCCAAAUUCUGGAAAGUUGACCUUGACCACGAGGUAAUCUGAUAAUUACUCGACCUGCAAGAAACACUAGGAAAGCUGCCUGACUUCUAAUAGAUGUUAGUUUCAGAGCGGCAAAAAUAGAGUUAGUCAAAUUUUAGAAUACUCCUUGCACUGCAUAACCUUAUCAAAGGAAAGAAAAGAAGGAAAAUGGUAACUCUAGGGUCACGUUUUAGUCGCUUUUAACCUGUCAACAUUUUAUUGGACAACUGUUGAUUGGUCACUUUCCACGCAAAUAAAACAAUGGGAAAGGAAUGUUGUCUUCGGUAAGGCAGGUGUUUGUGGGAAGGGAUAAAAAACAAGCUCCCCUAAAAACGUCUGCAUGGGAGGCUAAACUCUUCCCUGUCCCUCUAAAAAUUUAAGGUUUUUUUCCAAUUUUGGCCUCUCUCCUUUGGAAUUUACCAUUGUUCCUUUAAGGGAUGUUUAGUUUAUUCUGGAACCACACAAUGUUGUAAAUACUAAAAUUAGCAUUUAGCAAGUGCCCUCAUGAUCUAAAACCCCAUGUCAGCAAAUAUCACCACCUACUUCAGGUUUCUGGCUGGCAACUUUGCUGGGUUUUCUUCUGGUUCUUUAGUUGAAGAUGGUUAACUGAGCCACCCAUUAAAACAAUAAAUCUACCUACUUCAAAACUAAAUGAAGUCACCUCUCCUCUUCCCUACCCCCUCUUUUCCCCAGGAUGGUAAGAAAUAUAACACCAAAUGUAGGGUAUCCUAACCUUAACUUUGAAUGAUGAAAUUAGUUCCUUCCUUGCCCCCAUCAUCCCUUUCACCUUAAAGUUGAAUAGGUAGCCUGGGUGCUGAAGUGAGCGUUUGCUGACCUGGGGCAGUCUAAGGAACACAUAUGUUAUUUUCAAUCUUUUUUCGAAAGUUGUCUCUUUACUCAAUUAUGUUGUUAUUGUUUGUUACUAAUAGUUGCACCAUCCACCAAUGGUGAUGCCAAGCCAGAAAUUACUGAACAAGAUCAACAGGUCCAGGAGGGUAAGCUUAUGUAUUUCAGGGUUGUCACUAAGAUUUCAAGUUGCCAGGUAAAUACAACAAGUAGGCAGGGAAUCAAACAGCUAGGGAUUUCUUUUGGUUCUAUUUUUCUUCUAUUUUACAAUAAAAGUAGCCGGGGGCCACUCCCUUAGUAGCCGGAGAAAAUCCCCGGUCCUCGGCUCUUAAUGACAACCCUGGUAUUUGUUUUGAUUUAGAAAAUAUCCAGAUCUUACCCACCAAAGCUUUUUAAGCCCCUGUGAUCAUCUCACAUCUUUAGGAAAUUCUAUUUCACCUAGACAGCUGACUAUAACCCUGGAUUCAGAUCAAUCUGAUUUUUUGUAUUCAAUGUUUUCCCUAGGUGUUCCAAGUGAAAAUGCAGAACCCUCAAACAAUCAGUCAGCUCGAAAUAUGGAUCAAGAGGGUAAGUUUCUUUUUGGCUGUGUCUACCAGGAAGUCAGUAACUUACCUUACUAUCACUUAUUUUUGUGCAACUUUAAUUUCCCGAAUUUGGAAUAGAAAUAUUUUGUGGGACUUAAAUUUCACAAUUUUGAUGAAUCACUGUUUUUCAAGGUAAUUGAAUUUCGCUAAUCAAGUACACUGGUGCUCGUCUUUAGGACUUCCAUUUCUGCAUUUUAUUUAACCAUAAUGGAAUAGAGAUGCAACAAGCAACUGGCUUAAAUGUUCAACAACGUCAGCAACAUGACUAAACAUCUUUUAUAAGUACACUGAUAAGGCACUAUUUAACUUAUUUUCAGGCGAUAAGGUUGUUUCCCCUUAAGUAAGUUUGGUUAUGUUGUGGUUCAAAUUUUUCCUUGGUUUAAAAUUUUUCAAACCAGUUUAAUUUUUACUUUCCUUUGUCUAAAAUCAAGUACCAUAAUCAGAGACAAAGAAAAACAAAAAUUAUAAACUGGUUUGAAAAGUUUUAAACCAAGGAAAAAUUUAAACCACAACAGAUAUUUGCGCUUUGCUCCAUCGUUUUGCAAUGUGCAGCUUUCCCACACUGCCUGUCAAGUGGUUGUAAAAGCUCACCAGCCAGGCGGCAUGUAAGGGCUUCAGCACAGAUGGCCCUAAAUAGACCUCAAUGUGAUCAGUACUGUUUCCCAACUCCAUUUGUUUCUGAACUUCAACCAAAUGCAAAGUUGUAAAUUUUGAUGGCAAAUUUGAAGCCUGUUCUGAGGAAGUGUUACAGGAACUAAUUUAGAAAGAUGAGUCAGAUGAUGAGGAAUAAGGACAUGGGUUGACCUGUAACUUGAGCCCUCCUACUCAUACGUAACUUCUUGCAGAUGGAAAACUUAAAUAAAGGUUUUUAUAUACAGGCGCGCUGUAGAUCGCUAAAUUUUGUGUCUUCAAUUUUCGUGGCACCUUUUUUUUGUAGGACUUAAAUUUCAUUACAUUUUUUAAAUCUUGAAAAUAAAGUCUCACAAAAAUAAGUGAUGAUAAGGUAUCACUGGUCUGUCUAAGGACAAAAACCAGUACACUGUCAGUCUUUAAGAAAGUAAUUGUCAGUGCUAAGAAAAGUUUCCCAGUGUUUGAUCUUGUUGUAAAAAAGUACCGCUGUUUAUCAACAAUGUACUUUGAACUUCCAUUGUGUCAAAGCCGCUGUGGAUGUUGCUAUAAGCCUGUAUUUUGAGUUUCAAACAUGAAGUGUCUUAUCUUGUAACAUAGUAAGAGUUUUACUCGUCUAUUGAGGACAACAGUACCAGGUUUCAAUUGGGACAAUAAUCUUAUUAUACCUGCACUUGGUCACCUUUUCUUACAACAUAUCCAGACACUUCCAAAUUUUUAAGAAAAUGCUUUGUUGUUGCAGAAAAUAAUGAAACAGAUGAUACUGAAGUGAAAGAGGAAGCAGAGAAGGAAGAAGCCAAACCUGAGGUGAAGAAGGCCAGCUCUAAACAAGAAGUUGAAGAAGAAGACAAGAGGGAACAUGUUAAUAUUAUAUUUAUUGGUCAUGUUGGUAAGAGUUUUGUUUUAACCAUAACUGUUCUAUUUCUUUGGAACAUGUAAGAAACAUACUUCAUCAUCGUCACACAAAACAGAAGCAAACUGAUCUUAUUUAUUUUUUCUUUAGAUGCUGGAAAAUCAACAAUUGGUGGUCAUGUUAUGUAAGUUACAGUGUAUCUGUUGUGUCAAGACAUUUGUCUUUGGUAUUUUGUUUUCCAUCUUCUUAGCAGUAGGAGGUCCUCCCUUAGACUUAGGCGUUUCCUACAAAUUUCACACAACAGCGUUGUGUCAGCACUGUGUACAAAAUAAAAUAAGAAAUAUGACCCUUUUAUUUCAUAUCUAUCUUAUCACUGCAUGGAACAAAAUACAAUGUCCAGUAAUAGUAAGACUUCAUGGUGAUGUGUUUUUUCCAUGUCAAGUUGGUAGGUGUUUCAUUUUUGUGGGUGAAAGUGUGUCAACAUCUGUCCCUGUUUUUACUGUUGGACAUGUUUUUAAACCUGUCUGAUAUGGUCAGCAUUGAUAUGUUUCAAAUUUUGUUGUCAUACUUGUAGGUAUCUGACAGGACAGGUAGACAAAAGAACACUUGAAAAAUAUGAAAGAGAAGCUAAAGAAAAAAACAGAGAGACAUGGUAGGUCAAGCAAAAGCUGUUGACAGAAAUGUUUUCUUGCUAUUACACAAGGGCUGGAGCUGGAAAUUCCCGUGGGCUACUACAAGCAUCACCUGCUUCUCUCAUAGCAAACAAAGGGAAAUAGUACCAAAAAAACGUCCUACCUGUUCCUGCCUACCAGUUGCAUAUACAGUGUAUGCGGCAACUUUAAAUCUUUGCAACUUUCCUGAUUACAUGUAACUAGACUUUGAUGACCUCUUAAUUAGAGGUAUUAUCCGUCACAAUUUGAUAUCAUCUUACCGCAAAAUUAAUACUCUACUGAGUCUGCCAUCCGAUAAAACUCUCUUCUGGAUGUCUGAUAGGAUUUUUUGGAAGUGUUCCCUUCUGUCCAAGGGUACUUUAUAAUUGAAAAGUUGUUUUAAACUUUCUUACUUUCAUCUGCCUAACCCAUACUACGUAAAUGUGAUCAAACCAGUUUGUGGGAAAACUUGAUCGUUUAUAUUCUGAAUUACUGCGUACAGUUAUGAUAAUUAUUUACAUCAGUCAUGCAUGAUUUAUGCACUCUGGCAGUAGUAAAAUACCUUUUUGUCUGUAGGUAUCUAUCAUGGGCAUUAGACACAAACCAAGAAGAAAGAGAUAAGGUAUUGUACACUGAACACAAUGCUGAAGGCAGAACUAUAAACAAUCUUAGAAUGAACUAUUGUUUUACAAAAGUGAAUGUGGAUCAAAUUGAGCUAAAUGGUUGAGUGUUUUCCCAAUUGGUGUUUUUAAGGGUAAAACAGUAGAAGUUGGAAGAGCAGCAUUUGACACUCCCAAUAAACACUUCACAUUGUUGGAUGCACCUGGGCAUAAGAGCUUUGUACCAAACAUGAUUAGUGGAGCCUGUCAAGCUGAUCUGGGAGUGCUAGUAAGUUUGUACACUCAUGCUGCUCAGUAGAAAUGCUUUAGUACAGUUAGGGAAGACCAGUCAACACCACUGGAAAGUAGCAAACUAGCCAAGUAUGAAAGUGAUACACCUUAAAUGAGCGAAGAUACACAGUGUAGCUCUGCAUAGUUGUGAAAAUUUACAGACCUCUGUAUGAUGGGGAACAGGUUUGUCUCCCCACCAUACAAACAUCUGUAACAUUUUGUGACUUUGAUUGGCCACAACUGUAUAUCUUUGUUAGUUUUCAACAAAUCACCGUCAAACCUGGCAGUUGUACUAAUUUAAAGGCACUCUUUUCAGUGGAGACAAUGGAUUUGUCCAUAACUUGUCCAUGUCAAAAGUUGCAAAAAAAACAUGGAAAGGUCUAUUGAAAUUUGAAGCCUCCUUGGUCCGGCCCGAUGAUCAUUCUUUUUCUUGAAAAUUGCAAGAAUUGUUUCAUUGUUCACGCCAUCUUUAUUCUGAGUCUGUUUUCAAGUAUUUUGAGGUAGCAGGCUUGUGACUUGUAUGGAAAAUUUUCUUCACUUUCCAGAGAAAUUUCUAUUCCAGAACUAGCAGAUCUGCAAAAGAAUCCUUUGUCUCCUAACCCAAUUUUUUAUGACCAUGAUUAAUGUAAUGAGGGUAAGGAGACAAAGAAAAAUCGAUGAUCAACGUGGAUUUAAAAAUUUUUUACCUGGAUAUAAUUUUGAUCUACAAAAUACACACCUUGUGGUUUUGAUCUUCAUACAUGUAUCAUUUUUUAUAUAUGGCAUUGGAAUUUGGUGGUUUUUCCUCAGGUUAUUUCUGCCAGGAAAGGAGAAUUUGAAACUGGAUUUGAAAAAGGAGGACAGACAAGGUAGGAAGGCUGUAAAAGUUUGCAUGUAUAGGCUGCAUUCACAGUGAGUCACAAAAAUGUCUUUGAGGAAAAAGAAUUUUGUAGUCCAAGAGUUAGUGAAGUUAUCUUUUACAGUGUAAGCAUAUUGCCUAAUAUGGUCUGAAUUAUUGUUAAUAACUAAACUCUCACUCUUUGUGCUUUCAGGGAGCAUGCUAUGUUGGCGAAAACAGCUGGAGUAAAACAUCUGGUUGUCCUUGUAAAUAAAAUGGAUGAUCCUACUGUGGAGUGGGCUGAGUCAAGGUUAGUUUUUCAUGAUCCAUUGUAACUCAGUGUUCUCCUUAGGAUUUUGGGAAGGCCAGGGGGCAUUCUGACUAAGAUUUUUACAGUGUUUGUACAAAUCCUGCCUUAGCCAGUAUAAGAAUUUCGUAAAGACUGGGAACUUGAUUUUAGUUGUUCAUGCAUCACAAGUUUAAACAUAUUCAACGGUAAAUCACUUGAGUUGGGUUCCAAAAUAGAACCUUUGCCAGAAAACUUGGUCUUGACUUCUCAAUGUAGUGUCCAAUAAAAUGCAGUCAACUUUUAUUUGAGGCACUGUUUCAAUGUUUAUGGCAAGUUUUGUCAGAACUCUGUGUCUGCAACAUGUUGUCUUUAGUGGAUGUUCAAGGCUCGCCAAAGCAUGCAAGUAUAGUUCUUGCCUCUCAAGUUUCUGCCAAUUAGUAACUGUCGUAAAUUUAUAUAGAGUCACUAGCAUUGUCAGUGCAUAAAUGCAUUCAUUGCAUCAGUUCAUGAAAGUUUUUGCAAGCCCUCAGCCUGCCAACAGGCUCCCAUUGGACUACAUGAACAUGGUGUAUAUUGUGACCAAUAAGAGAGAAAGGAAAGUUGGGAAGGGUUUUUCUCCCUCUCCCUAGUUGACGCUCGCUUCAGUAGCCAGCUGUCUGGGUAGGAGCCUGUGACAGCCUGAGCACCUUAAUAUUUUGACAUAAUGUUCUUGCAGUAGUGCCUCCACUGCUUUUUCUUCCUAUACUCUAAACAAACAAAUUAUUCGUGGUUAAUACUUGUAUAUUUUAGAGGUCAAACUUUUUUUAACCUAGGGUUAUUUUCAAGUUCCUUUGUCUCCUAUCCAUCUUUUACAAAUAAUUAGAGCUAGGAGACCUAGGGAAUUUUGAAUUAACCUAGGUUAAAAAAUUUUGACCUGAAUUUGAUUUAAACCCAUACCAUGAUAUAUGCAUAACUUUUGAAUUUCACCAUUUUCAAAUUUUUGUUGUCCAGGUAUGAGGAAAUCAAGACAAAACUGACACCCUUUUUAAAGAAAGUUGGCUUUAACCCAAAGACAGGUUUGUCUUAAUCUAAGUAGAGGCACUCCACGUUGUAAUUUGUUUGUGAAGUGAUAACAGCCAUACUGAAAAACAUUGUGUCAGUUUUGCCUGUGACAGGGGCUACAACCAAGGGCAUCGUGAAGUAAAAAUAUCAUCAAUAGCACAUCGCUGCAAUUUAUACUUUGGCACUGUCAAUAUAAUACUAAGUGAUAUGAUACAUUGCUGUUGUUGUCCAUGUGUUUUGCGAUUUUGAUGGUGAGUGAAUGACGAGUGCUUGGUGGUGAGCCCUGGUUUGACUAUGUGACUGCGUGAUGCCGUUCUAGUCAAAGACCCACAUUUCACCCUUGCUCGCCAUCUAGUCUCCAGUAGCUCAGUGGUUAGAACAUCCGACUAGAUCACGGAGGGUCAUGGGUUUGAAUCCCAUCUGGGGCUCCGGUUUUUUCUGCUUUUCCAGUUGAUGAAAAAAACAUAUCAAGUGCAUGACUUUUUUUUUUUACAGACAUCCACUAUAUGCCAUGUUCUGGAUUAACAGGGGCCAAUCUUCGACAAAGAUUAGAUCCUUCCCAAUGUCAGUGGUUUAGGUAGGUGAAACAGCAGGCUUCCCAAGCAGCUUUUAUUAAAUUUGACUUAAUUUAUCAGCUCUGUUGGGAAACAACAUUCAAAUAAAACAUCUGGGAUGCUUACCAUUUACACUAACCCUGACCCCGAGGGGAAAUUCUGUGCGUAAACAUAAAGCUAUAGAAUUUGAAGUGGUUGGAGAACUACGCGCUACAAAGUACAUCCAAAUCAGCUGAACAGACUAAAAGAAUAGAAAAAUUGAUUUUUCUGAAGCUUCCCAAAAGGAAUGGCAUGAACCAUUAAUUUUGAUUUUCCAACCAGAAUUUCUGAUUUUCCGAAGUAAAUGGUAAGUACCCCUGUAGCAGAAGAUUUUCCAAAGCAGAGAGUGCAAACAGUAUAUCUGUACCUGGCAUCUGAGGUUCUUCCUUGUUUUGCGAUUGGUUUGGUUUGCUGGGUUUUUAGUGCAUAGGAGAAAACCUUUAGCUACUUAAUGUCACUACUGGAGCACCAUGAAAUGUUUAUUUGCUUUUGCGGUAUUUUGUGUGGCUUUGUUUGUUUUUCAGGGUUUUACCAAAAUGAAUACACCGUAUUCACAAAUGGCGGACACGCGGGAAAAAACUGGUGCCUAGUCAUGAAAGCGAGGCGUUGGAGGAUAAACAAAAAUUGCAAAUGAAGACUUUCAGUGAACUUCCAGAGUGUUUAGCACGGAUUCCACCUAAAAUAACUUUGUACGGACUUCUUUUUAAAUACAGUUACGUGGGAUGUCUUCUGCUUUUAAUGUUUAGUAAUGAUUUGCUGUUUGCAGUCAAAAGGGACGCGUAUAUCUGCAAGGAAACAGGAUGAUUUUGUAGGUUUCCGAAGCAUCAGAAGCAGGACACGACAAGUGGGCGAUGGCUUGAGAAAAGCGGCAAACAUGUUGGCCCAGCUUCACACUGUAACCGAAUACGAAAGCCAGAUCACUACAAUUCUGUAAAACAGAAAUAAAAACAGAUAUUGGUGGCGAGAAAAAGAGAAAUAAGCGACGGAUAUAUGGCCACUGAAAACAGGUCAAGCUGAGAGCGGGUGAAAGAUUCAUUCACGAGGCUCAUUCAUUCAUGUUAGUGACAUCUUAUACAUAUCUAUGUAUAUAUGUAUGUCUGUAUUUACAACUUCCUUUGGAUCAUAUUAAUUCCGUCGCUUUGGAGCGAAUUGUUAGAGGUACGUUGGCAGAGCUUAGCAAAAAUCUCAUGAUUUCGUUGUCAUUGCGAAAUAAUUAAAAAUAAUUUUAUCAAAAUUAGAAGCUGUAGUGUGUGAAUCUUAUGGCUUGCUAUUUGCCUGGUCUCCUUUAGGGCAUUAUCUCAGAGAGCUCUUGGUAAAAAAAAGUGGUAUAAAGCUUACAUUUUACUAGGUUAAACUUUUAAGGCAAUGUUUGUGUCAGGACUGAACAUGGCAAGCUUCUGUUUCGAAUAAUUAAAUUCGAGUCUGGAUCCGUUUAAGAAGACCAUCAUUUUAUUUAUUUAUGUAUUCUUCAACUUUAAAAUAUAAUGGAACAUAAAGUUAAAACUCUUAACAGCCAACGAUAAGAAAUACGAAAUUACUCGCUGAAAUGAUGUGUCUGGCUUACCGAGUCUGCCGAGUAACAAGUUGAAAUUUUGAGCGUACUCCACUCGAUCGCUCCUGCAUUUAUAAUAAAAAAAAUAGUUAUAAUUGAUGUCCUUCGUUGAUAAAGACCAGAGAAUAACGUCCUGGCAAACAAAAAUCAAACAUAACUUCAUCGAAACCUCAGUCACCUCUUCUUUCCUGUCUUCCUUUUUUCCAUCUCGACUUGAACUGUUUUGUUCAACGGCAGACGUCUCUUGCGUUAACAAGUAGGCCAUGUAUCUGUCGCUUAUUUCUUUUUUCUUGCCACCAAGAUUUGUUUAUAUUUCUGUUUCACCGAAUUACAGUGAGCUGGCUUUCGUACUCGGUUUCAAUGUGAAGUUUGGGCCAACAUGUUUGCCGCUUUUCUCCAGUCAUCGUCCACCUGUCGAGCUUCUGAUGCUUCGGAAACCGACUCGAAAACCUACAAAAUCAUCCUGUUUCCUUGCAGAUAUACGCGUCCCUUUUGAUUGCAAACAGCAAAUCAUUACUAAACAUUAAAAGCAGAAGACAUCCCACGUAACCGUAUUUAAAAAGAAGUCCAUACAAAGUUAUUUUAGGUGGAAUCUGUGCUAAACACUCUGGAAGUUCACUGAAAGUCUUCAUUUGUAAUUUUUGUUUAUCCUCCAACGCCUCGCUUUCAUGACUAGGCACCAGUUUUUUCCCGCGUGUCCGCCAUUUGUGAAUACGGUGUAUAAGUUUGAAUUUCUUCUUUAAUUAGUCAUUAAAAGGAGUCAAAACUAGAUUUUGCAAACUUAUAUGUAAAUUGUAGGAGGGCAAAAAUAUGAAAAAAGAAAUGAGAAAAACAAGGUCAUUGGUAAUUUUUAUCACCCUUGUAUAAUAAAGUCAUCUCUUUAUUUAUUUUAUUGAUUUUUGUGGAGUUUGGUCAUUGUUGUAUCUGUACUAAUCACAUACUUUGUUUAACUUAUUUUACAGUGGUAAAUCUUUCCUGGAAUAUAUAGAUGAGUUGCCGUCAAUGUCACGUGCAGUUGAUGGACCCCUUAGAGUACCCCUCUCUGAAAGAUAUAAGGUGUGUACAGUGUGUUAUUUUAGAAUGCAUUAUUACACAGCCUUGUUUUUCACUACCUGCUAAGGAUCGGCAAUGACGUUAGGGCCUUCUUUGUUAUGUGCUGAAACUUCAUUAAUACAAAAGUAAGUUUCUGCAAGCUUUUGAAUUUCUGAUGUGAAUGUUAUAUUGCAAACAGACUUCCUUUUACCCUUGUGAUAUUGGUCAUAGUGAUGAUAAAAUGAAGAGAAACUCCUUCAGAAAACUUGUUACAUGCUACGUCUGGUAAAUCAACCAGAACAAAUUUAAACCAUUAUUUUGAACUUGCUGAAACUCUUUUUACCUCUUUACUGCUCACAAGUUGCAGCAUGUAGCAGGGUCUUGAAGCUUUUUUUUCUAAUGCCAUUGCCCAGAUUCUUCAGAUAAACGUUUUGAGACAAAGCCCGUAAGAAAGCCCGUCCACUGUAAAGCCACUUUUACUCUCAGAUGACUCACAUGAAGUACUGUGUUACUUUGCAGGAUAUGGGGACUGUAGUACUUGGUAAAAUAGAAUCAGGAAAACUUUCCAAAGGGGAUUCACUGAUACUGAUGCCCAACAAGGUAAUGAAAAAGAUGCUGUUAUGUUUUAUUGUAUUCAUUUUAAAACUUUUUUGCUUAUAAAAAAAUUUAAAGCAAGGUUUAAGUGUGGUAGUAGAGCAAGCAAACAAUGACCUUUUUGUCUUUGUCAAGUAUUUUACGUAAGGUCAACUAAAUGUCACGUGUCAAUUACAAUACUCACUUUAAACCCCAAAAGGCAUAUGUUGGACCAUUGGGUCACCCAAUGCAAUUCAAACGUGGUCUUCUGGUACGUCUUGGUUAUAAGAGAUAGUACAUGUUUUGUUAAUAUUGGAAUGCUCCAGCUAGUUUGCAGGUACUCCACUUAUUAAUUUUGAUCAAAUAUCGCAAGUGGAAUACAACAGGAUUAAAAACCAGGAGGAGGCAACCAAAAAUUGGUGUUUUACAAGCGUGACUGAAGAUUAGAACCCAAGAAAUCUAAGGCAUAGUUUAGAUGCCCCACUUCUAAUGAUCCCAAUUGGAAUUUUAUGAAUUAAAUUCAUGCGAAAAUUACCGUGUUUGAAUCAAUUCGAAAUGGCUUGGAUUGGCCAGAUUACUAUAGUCUAAUGCUCUGACCACUAAGCCAAGAUACUGCCUCCGGAGGUAUGCAAUGACUUUUGAUGAGAAAGACUACAUGUAUGUACUGCACUUAUCCUGCAUACUGCUAGCCUGUGAGCAAGCUCUCUGGGGCUCUCUGCGGGAAAAGGAAGGAGAGCUUGCAACGACGUCUCUGGAAUUUUGAGUUUCACCUCUAAUUUCCCUAUGGCUCCCUAUCAACUGAGCUGUCAGAUUUCCUCUAAUCAGCCCAAAGCAGGAACAGGACAGGGCGAAUGUAAGUAAACAUUGAAAAACACGUUUAAGCAUGUGCCAAGAGUAGUGACAUCAUUACCAAUGUCUCCACCAAUCAGCAUUUUGUAUCAACUUUUUUGAUGCAGAUAUUCAAAUUCCAGAGACAGAGUUGAAAGCUCUCCCUCCCUUUCCUCCCGCAGCCAGAACGCCCGGAGAGAUUGCUUGCAGGCUAACAUACUGCUAAUCAGUCCCAUCUGCGAUAAGCAGAGAAAGAUGGGAAAGAUUUGAGGGCCACUAGUUCAGCAGUUUUUACUGUCAUGCGCUACCCUCAUUAAAUAAAGUUGUUACUUACUUACUUACUUAUGAUGUACAUGUAGAUUUAGGCAAGUAUGAAAUGAUAUUACAUUGUUUUCAAACAACAUUUUAUUACACACUGAGUCAGUAUGGCUUUCUGCACAGGUUCCAGUUGAAGUUUUAGGAAUCAUAUUUGAUGAAGAAGAUAAAACAGAAGCGAUUGCUGGAGAUAAUGUUAAAGUCAAAUUAAGGGGAAUUGAAGAAGAGGUGAGUUACAAGCAUGAUUUUUUCGGUGGGUAGAAUAGUAGGUAAUUUAAAGAGGGCAAGAUUUCAUUUCUAAUGUUCAUUGUGAUACACUUAUGACACAACAUUUAAACAUGCAGGUGCACUGAAAAGGAGGCUUCCCAGGGAAGACCAUAGGCCUCCUUCUUGAAUGUGUGGGAGCUUCGAGUCCCAGAAAGUUGUGUUAUUUUUGCCAUGCUUAUAUUGAAGAUCUCGAUUUUAUUAGUUUUAAAAUGAUUGAUACUGAUAGGCACAAACAUUCUUUCGGUUUUUACCGUGAAAUACUGCUCUGGGCCUAGAGAGUUGACAAGACUUUCAAAAAACGGCGUUUUUUGGACGUUUUUUUGCCUUGGGUGACCUUGACUCAUUUUCCAAAGUUAAAACUUCUGAAUAUUACCCCUUCAACCUUUUUUUGUAGGAUAUUUCACCUGGAUUUGUGCUCUGUUCGCCAGAAAACUUAUGCCACACAGUGAAAACAUUUGAAGCCCAGGUAUGAUAUCAGUUGUUAUAGACUUUCUCCACCAUUUUCCACUCUGGUAUCCAAGUGUGAAAGGUAUCGCGUGAACGCUCUCUCCUUCGCAGAGGCUCCUGCUAGGUAUCCCUAUAAAAAUAGCAAUAAUCGAAAAAAAUAGAAAGCGUGCGGGGGACGAUGGGAAGAGGGAAAUGGCGGGAAAAAGCUCUUCUCUUUUUCCCCUUCCCAUCAUACCCAGCGCUCUCUCUUUUUCUUUCUCCCCAGCCUCCCCACAACACAAAGAAGCCUCUGCGGAGGAGAGAGGCGCAAACUCAAAACCUGAAACUCGCUCCACUUUUACGUUUAUGCGCGGCCUUUCAUACAUCGCCUCUAUUUUUAUUUCCGCACGUAAAUUUUACGCGCAUAUGCCGGUAAAAAUUACGCGACUUUGGAAUCCACCCUUAUAGAGCGUUCUCACUUACGUGGUCAGCAACAAUGCUAGUUUAUUGGAACAAAAGAAAGUUCAACUCCCACAGGACUGGUUUGGAACACCAACAUGGCCGCCGAUUUAAUGUUUUGAUACACCAAUAUGGCGGACGCGAAGUCAUGUUGAAAACGCUCUACAGGCAAACUGGGUCAGUCCCAUAUUUCAAUUCGAUCUAGACCAAACAAUCAUAAAGUGCAAUUCGACACAACACCAACCCAGUCUCUUUCGCAAAGUCAAGAUGGCCAUUACAGCUUUGUAUGCAGAAAACCUGGUUUCAUCUUGUGUCUGUUCUAAAGUUAUUUUAGGAUGUGCGAACCAAAAAACUUGAGUUGUCAGAAAUAAUCUCUUAUUUCAUCCGCCUUUUUUUUUUUUGCGAAUUGUUGACAGGUGGUGAUACUUGAACACAAGUCCAUCAUUUGCGCAGGAUAUCGUGCUGUCCUUCAUAUCCAUAACGUCAUAGAAGAAGUUGUUUUUGAGGUGAGGCGGUACUUUCAGUAUAAUUAUGUUUUAUGAAAAUAUUUUCCCUAACCUUUUUAUAGCGGGAGUAAGUACCAUUUAUUUCCGAACCUCCUGAUUUAGGAGGGUUCAAACUAGCUUACAAGAUAUGAGAUUAGCGGAAAUUUGCUGCUUUCUAAGUUCUCUAGAAAACAUGUGAAUGGCGAUGAAUGAUGAAGUAUGGUCCACCCUCUUCAAAACCUUCCGGAUCUGCUUUUGUAAUGUCUGGUAGAUUGGCUAACACAAUGAGAUAAAAUGUAAAAAGGGAGCAAAUGCUUUCUUUGUAAAUCUUAUUUUUAGGGUUAGCCUUUUGGAUCUCUUUUAUUUCAUUAACUUAUGUUAGCAAAUGAAACCUCAUCUUCCGUGUGAAUCUCAGACGAAGUUUGUUGUAUUUAUCUUUUUUCUUUAGACAUUAAUAGACUUAGUUGAUAGGAAAACAGGAAAGAGAAUGAAGCAAAGGCCAAGAUUUAUUAAGCAAGAUCAAGUCGCAGUAGCUCGGCUACAAACAUCCGGAAUUGUGUGCAUAGAGAAGUUUUCCGACUUUCCACAAAUGGGGAGAUUUACGCUCAGAGAUGAAGGUGAGAAUGACUUGAAAGUUAACAACUAUUGUUUACUUCAUUCAAUCAGGACUUCCAAUCUUAAACUCGGCAAACUCGAUAUUUAACAAAGCGACAACAAUUUUCCAUAGUCUACGCUCUUAUAGACCAUAGAAAUUACGUCAGAAUGUCAGAACUCAAGUGGAAUCACGAGUCGCAGGCGAGUGGUUUCACAGCAAAGUUUUAAAGAUUUUAAAGCCAUUUUUAUGGGCUUAAAAAGCGUACACCAUAAAAAAAUUGCGAGAGACAGAAAUCAUUACGUCAUAUAAAUGGUCUGUGCUCUCAUAGACCAUAAUUCUCGACCAAUCAGCGCUCGAGAAGUCGCUUAGUUAUUGUAGAAUUUACAGUUUUCAUCGGGGUAGCAAUGGUAGUGCGGUGGUGAGAGCGCUUGCCUCUCUUCAUUUUCGCCUGGGAUAACGCCCUUUGUGGGAUAGUCGGUGUUAACAGCGUAAAAGGAUAAUAAUAGGUCAAUAAAUGACUGAAACAAGUAGAUCAAAUAAACACGACAAAGCUUAAAAUCCCAACUGACAGGAGACAAACCAGUUGGCUGUUUACAAGGAGAGAGAUGUCAUUAUGAGUAUAAAAAUCUGGGGAUUUCCCUAAUAAUAACAAAUUCAGCGAGUGGUCAGGACGGGACUCGGGACCUCCGAAUUACAAGUCCAGCGAUCUAACCGCUCGGCCACGAGCCUUCUAUGAAGGUUUUUAUAACAUUUCUUCUCUUUCUGUUUCCAGGAAAGACCAUCGGCAUUGGAAAAGUGUUAAAACUUAUCCGGUCGUAAAUGGAAAGACACUACUUACUGUACUGUACAAAGGUGGUUUGCUUAAACAGCUCUCUCUCCUGUACCCUGCGAUGUUUCAGUGCUUUGAAGGAACCCAAGUGAUUAUCUGCUGCGCCAUUUGAAACUACUCUUAAAGAUGACAAUUACUUGGCAUAGCAGAUACAAAGGAAGAGAAGUUAUGUAGAGCUAAGCGCAUUUUAAACUGAUCAUGCCGGACUCGUGAUUAGCAUUAUCUCUGACUGAAGUGCCAAAACUUGUAUUAGCCUAUGACAGUAGGGCUGCGCAAGAUGACCUCACCUCUAUCAUAUUUUCAUUUCUGUAACCUGAGAGCGAGGCAAAAAGCUCUCGAGAACGCAGGGGAUUGGGGGUAGCUUCCCAUGCAGACGAUCUUUGGCUCGUCACGCAAUCUUCCGAAGGAACGCGUGACGAAAUCCUAAGAACGUUUGCGUAGAAGGCGGGGAUGGAGGGUGGAAUAGGAGCAAGAAGGCCUCGUUUCCCCCACCCCCACUCCUGAGAGCUUCCUUUAUGGGCUGAAUUUUUUGAACGCCUUCUGUUGAGCACGACAUCUUUUAUAAGGUUGUUGUAAUCAUUUUAAUGAAGUAGUUUGUUUUAAUUUUGGUUAAGAGAUGUUUUCUCUAUUAUAAUAGAAAGUACUAACUUCAAAUUUGUCCAGUGACAACAAAGCAGAACUAAUACAUUAUGACUCUUUUUUGAGCCUUUCCGUGUAGGUCCUGUUUACGAAACAGUGUUGUUAAAAUUUUUCGCGCAAUUUUGUUGCGUCGUUCAGGGUUGUCACUAAGAUUUCAAGUUGCCGGGUAAAUACAACAAGUAGGCGGGGGAUCAAACGGCUAGGGAUUUCUUUUGGUUCUAUUUUCGUUCUAUUAUCCAAUAAAAGUUGCCAGGGGCCACUCUCUUAGUAGCCGCGGAAAAUCCCCGGCCCCGGCUCUUAAUGACAACCCUGGUCGUUGCGAGUCCUGAAUGAACAUAAUUUACGUUGCAGUAAUCGUUGGCGAAAAGGAGAACUUGAUUCUCGGUCAUGUGCGUAAUGAUUUUUGCAGCGAAAUCGUUGUUAUGGGUCAUUUCAAGGUUGCGCCGCGUAAGACUGAGACUGUCUCGAACUGCACUAUGGGACUGUUGUGGCGGGUUAAUUUGGACCCAGUUUCCCGCGCCAGGUAGUAAUAGCUGACAAAAAUGUGAUAUUAGAGGAUGUUAGCAUCAACAACGAGUACGAGUACGAGAACGACUUCAAGCCGUACUCGUACUCGAAGUCGUUUUCUCAGCUUUCUAUGUUAGCGAUAACACCGAGUUCGAGUUUAUAGAACUGUGUAGGAAAUAUCGCGUUCGGUUGCUUUUCCUCGACUUCAAAAGCAGUAUUUUACAUAAAACAUAAUAUAAGGAAUGUUCAAGAUGAUAAAGAGAGGCUAGAAACGAAAAGAAACUGCAUUAAACGAUCGGAAUUUACCUUUGAAAACCAGCUCUUCCCAGUCGUUCUACCCACUUUGAGUUUUUGGUGAGAACUCGUCGUAGUGCAACUUGACAGGACGACUUGAAAACGUGGAGAUGCGCAGAACGGAUACGCAGUACGCAAAAUCACUGAUCUCGUUCUAGAACUCGUACUCGUUAUCGAUGCUAACAUCCUCUAUUGUCCUUAAAACAGCGCCAUAGUGCAAUCCAACACCACAACGACGUAGUUUCUCCCACAACUUCAAAAUGGGGACUGCUAGGCAAUUUUUCUUGCAACUUGUGUGGCUACAAAAUUGCGAGACAAGUUGUUAGAAAACUUGUUUAGUGCGACAGAGCCAAACUAGUGAUAUCAUGAAGUAACCAAGGUUGUUCUAAGAAGUCAAAUUUGACCCCUAUCCUUGAGGCUAAGCAUGGCUGCGCGAGGUGUCAAGGGUGGAUCUUGCGAAUCAGAACGAUCUAAAUAAUCCACUGCAGGAAGCCAUAAAACUAAUUUCAAUUCAUUGUUAUCAACUACUAAGAUUAUCUUAGAACGCUUUCACUCUCAAAGCCCAUUAUCG